GUUCUCAACCCAAAACAAUGAGCAGUUGUUGCUAUCUGUAUUGGAGCAGAGUUAGCAUGGUGUUGGUCGGAAAGGUGUCUCUGAAGCAGGUGAAAAUUUAAGCUAUUUAAUGCCAGUGCGAAAAGUCACAACUCCAGUCUACACUGCAGGUAAUUAUUACUAAACAGCCGAGUGUAUUAAAGGCUAUCCGGCAAAUACAAAGGGAAUCCCCUGCCGUCAGUGCAGAUGCCUCGUGUGGACAGAUCAGAUGGCAGAGGGACAAGAAGACCAAAGUUAGACUGGAAGUUUGUCCAGAGGCUGUGCAGCAUCCAGAAGGUUCUGUUCCCAUCAUGGACCAGUCAAAGUGUCCUGAUGUUUGGGACACUGCUUUUUGUCACACUGUCAGAACAGCUGAUCAUUUACCAAGUGGGUGUCCUCCCCAGCUACUUUUACAAAGUGCUGGGGGACAAAGAUUACUUUGGCUUCAAGAAUCUGGUGGGCACUGCGAUGGUGCUCAUUUUGGUCAACUCUACAUUGAAAAGUCUGGACCAGUACAUUUGCAAUCAGAUGUAUCUUAGCUGGAGGAAGACACUAACUGAGAGCCUCCAUAGAGCCUACUUUCAGGGAAGAGUCUAUUACACACUCAAUGUCCUUCGAGAGGACAUAGACAACCCAGACCAGAGAAUCAGUCAGGAUGCAGAGAGGUUGUGUAAGCAGAUGAGCACCAUGGCGAGUCGUUUGAUUGUGUCACCUUUCACUCUGGCUUACUACACCUACCACUGCUUUUAUAGUACUGGCUGGAUUGGACCAGUGAGCAUCUUUGGCUAUUUUGUGAUCGGGACCGUGGCCAAUAAAAUCCUCAUGGGGCCCAUAGUGUCGACUCUGUUUGAGCAAGAAAAAUUAGAGGGGGACUUCAGGUUCAAACACAUGCAGAUCCGUGUCAAUGCAGAGUCUGCAGCUUUUUACAGAGCGGGUAAAGUGGAGCACAUGAGGACUGACCGCAGAUUCCAGGCCCUGCUGGAAACUCAAAAGAGUCUGAUAAACAAAGAGCUCUGGCUUUACAUCGGGGUGAACACCUUUGACUACCUUGGAGGUUUUCUCAGCUACAUCAUCAUCGCCAUUCCCAUCUUUACUGGAAUCUAUGAUGGUCUCACUCCUGGUGAGCUCAGUGCACUCGUCAGUAAGAACGCCUUUGUCUGCAUCUACUUGAUCAAUGGCUUCACGCAGCUAAUAGACCUGUCGACCACUCUGUCAGAUGUGGCUGGAUACACCCACAGGAUUGGGGAGCUGAGGGAGGUGAUGGACGAUAUCCUACGUGAGCAGUGUGACUAUGACCCGGCAUCAGGGGAAAGCUAUGACUUUGACAGUGACUUCAAUGUCCAUGCGGGGCCUGUGGACACAGCCUUCGUCCUGGACCAUCUUUCAUAUAAAUCUCCAUACUCAGACCAGCUGCUGGUGGAGGAUCUGAGUCUGAAAAUCAGCCAGGGAACACAUCUGCUGGUGGUGGGAAACACAGGUACUGGAAAGACGUCACUGCUGAGGGUCCUCAACCGACUCUGGGAGGCUCAUAGCGGCUUUGUCCAAAUGACGACAUGCUUUGGGCCCAGAGGGACCCUCUUCCUGCCUCAGAAACCUUACCUGACUGAUGGCACUCUGCGUGAACAGGUGAUUUACCCCUUGAAGGAUAUUUACCCUGCAUCAGGGUCAGUGGACGAUGACAGAAUUAUACAGUUCCUGGAACUAGCUGGAGUGUCCAGUCUCCUGAAGCGGACUGGUGGGCUGGAUGAAAAGGUGGACUGGAACUGGUACGAUGUUCUGUCUCCAGGUGAAAUGCAGCGUCUCUGCUUUGCACGACUCUUUUACCUGCAGCCUAAAUAUGCAGUGUUGGAUGAGGCCACCAGUGCUCUGACAGAGGAAGCAGAGGCGCAGCUCUAUCGAACCUGUAAACAGCUGGGCAUGACUUUGAUCAGUCUGGGACACCGUAGCAGCCUGGAGAAGUUUCAUGAUGUUCAGCUGAAACUAUGUGGUGGAGGCCGGUGGGAGUUAACCAAGUUGAAAGGAGGCAGUGGGAGCCUCAGCCUCAGAGAAGGAGAAACAUGACAGCAAAGUCAUCUCUUUAAAAUCCGGGACAUGAAGGAAGCAUCAAGGCAAAAUAACACUCCAGAAUCAUUAUUUAUAUUCAGGCUCUUCACUGAGGUACUAAAUAACCUGCUUACUUCAGUAGAUGGGCCAAAUGUACACUCUAAGUUAGUAUCUAUAUAACUGUUUUUCACCAACUUUUCUUUGUUAUAUGAGAGAUUGAGAAAGUGGGUUGCAGUGCAGCAUUUUUGCAAAGAAGACGACUGUUUCAAGGAUGUUUGGGUACUGAAUAUUUUGGUUAUGCUCUCCUUCCUAACACUUUUCCAAAUCAGUGGUUUGGAUGACUGUCUCAGUAUGUUCACCUUUCAUGACAAAAACCAAAAAGAAAAGACACAUUAGACGUGUGUAACUCUGUGUGCCUUUAUGAGAUUUAUGUUUACAGUCACUUACUGGGGAAAAAAGUUCCCAUUUUGUAAUUAAAAAAAAAACAAUC